UUCCCCUGCAGGCCAUAUAAAUUCUGAGCAUGAUGGGGCUUUGUUACUUCUGUGGACUUGGUGACUGCACAUUUUCUUGUUUUUGGGUGCUGCUGUUAUAAUGAACAUCUACCAGGCUGUUCUGUUUGUCACAUUAGUUGGAACGGUGGGAUCUGCUCCUCUCUCACAGAAAUCGGACAUUAUGGACAAGGAUACUGUUGAACAGGCCCAUAGUUUAAUUAGCAAAAUUCUAGAAGAUAUUCCUACAACUCAUGCAGCCUGGACAAACUACAAGAGUUUGACACUGAACCAGCCAUCCAGUGAUCUGCAGUUCCUGAAGAACUCGACGAUACCUGCUGCUCCUGAGCUCAAGAGCAUCUCAGAUAACUUCACUGUGGAAAUUUGUCUUGCUCGUAUAGUGGAGGGACUGAACUUACAUCUGAAUCUGUUGAAAGCGAUCAGCAAAGCACCCACAGUGACCCAGACAAAGGAGGUGCCCGAACUGCAAGCUGAAAUUCGAGACCUUCUGUACCUGAUUGUCGAGUUGCAGAAUCAAGCAGGAUAUGAGCAGUCAAUGCAGGCACCGGACAACCAGCUACAGACCCUCGAGCAUGGCCUGGCCGAACCUCUGAAAGAUGAAUUCAUGACUCAGAUGAUGGCUCACCUCACCUUGCAACAGCUGCAGGUGUUCAGUUGCGACGUGCUGCGCAGUAUCCUCAGUAUCCGCAGAAGCACCUCCAGCAUGCCAAUCUCAGAGAGCCCGAACACUGUGCAGCAAUGCGUAAAUGCAGCAGACCAAUGAGAGGUCUCGACCAGCGACAAGCGAUAAAAGCUUCCUUUUAUUUGAAGGAAUAAGUUCCUCAUGCUCAUGUUUUUUGAAACAAUUGUGACUUACUUUUUUCUGUGGAACACAAAGGGAGUUAUUUAUAGCAUAAUUCCCAAGCUGUUCUUUUUCAUACAAAGAAAGUUAAUGAUGACUGUCAGACAAGAUUUUCUAAUAAUUAUAACUUAAAUUUCAGUUUUGUUUCUCACACAAAGCUAUCAAAUGACAUUAGAAGACUUGGAAUGUAGUACCGGAGUCGUAUGGACUACUAUGGUGCUUUUUGUCCUUUGUGGAGCUUGACAGCUCCUGGUCACCAUUCACUUUAAUUGUAUGGAAGAGAGCAGAGUGAUUCUUCAAAACUUCUUUCUGUGUUUCACGGAGGAAAGAAACAACUUGAAAUUAGAUUUUUCCUUUUUGGUGAACUAUUCCUUUAAUAGGUGGACAGACAAAUUUGCUACAUUUUUUGAUACAUUUUUGCUAAAAACACGUCGCACCACCCGUUACGACAAAGUGUUAGAAAUCAUCCAUGACUGUUUACUGCGGGCACAGUAGACCUUGCAUUUAUUUAUUUAUUUAUAUACAUUUGUUAUUUUGUAUCUGAACAACCCCACCCCCCAUUUAUUAUUUCUUAAUUGAACCUCCCUUAAACUGGUGUUUCUUUGCAGUCUACAUCAGAAAGCAAACAUUUUGUCAUAGAGAUUAUUUAUAAAUGAAUGGAAAGAAAUAUUAUUUAUUGAGCAUAUGACCAUGUCUCAUAAAUUGAAAUGAGAUCAUGGUCAUUGGAUUGACCUCCUGAUCUCUAUGAGAACUAACUACUGUUUUCUUACAUCAUGUGAUAAUGUGAAUGAGUUGUUGGUUCUUACAUAAAAGCAGCCAUCACAAAUUUGAUUUUAAAUGGUUUAUGUUUUGAUAAUAUUAUGUAUUAUUAAUAUUGUUUAUUUAUUUAUUUGAGAAAUAAAUGUAUUUAUUUUGAACUUA